UUCUAUAAGAAUUUUUCUCCAGAAAAAAUAUAUAUAUUAAGGGAGAAUGUCAUCAUUUAUGCAUUCAAAGGCAUCUAUUAGACCUCUUUCAGAGGAUUCAACAUGUAUUAAUGUGAUUUCGCCUUUGAAUGAACCUAUUAAAUCGUCAAUGGAUGAGCCAUUAGACAUAAAGACAUUAGUUGAUGCGCCAUUUAAAAGACAACGUCUUCGUCCAGGAAUGAAGAAAGAGGAUAUUCCUAUAAUGCCAUUGAUAGAAUCGGAUUUUGAGGGUUUAUAUUCAUUAGAAGAGUAUUUAGAUGGGCUUCUUUCAAACGAAACAUUACAUCCAAUGCCUUUAAAGCGCACGAAGGAAAUAGCAGAACCACCUAAAGGUGUUGAUCCAUGGAUUUGGGUGUACGAACUUAUAAAACGAUUUACAGUCGAUUUGAAUAUGUUAGUAGUGGGUAUGCUUGAGGAUUCAUGUUCUCCGGAAAAAUGUCCAGAGAUGAGAGCAAAUGAAUGGCAAUAUUUGUGUGCAUGUCAUAGUCCACCUCAAGAAUGUGUACCCAUUGAUUAUAUUUUACAUACACUAGAUAAUACAUCAGCAUUAUUAUGUUCAGAUAAAUACUUUCCGUCUAAAACAUCGAUUCCUCUUUCUUCAACUCGUCAUUUUUCCUCGAUAAUGCGUCGUCUUUAUAGGAUUUUUAAUCAUGCAUGGUAUAAACAUUACGAAAUAUUUUGGAAAGUUGAAAAUGAAAUUUCUUUAUAUCGACGAUUUAUGGCAGUUUCUGAAUAUUAUCAUUUUAAAUAUGAGCAUCCCGAUAUGGUUAAUGAAGCAUACUCUAAAGAAAUAGAAGAUGGCUAUCAAGAUCAAGAAAAAGUCGAUCACUAUAAUUCACAGGCUCAUAAUGAUCAUAAUUACAAAACUCCAAAUAAUUCUUACGAAUAUGAUAAAGAAAACAAAGGAAACAAAAACAUAACAGCACCUUAAUAAAUGUUAUAUCAAAUAUAUAAUGUUUUAGAUGCUACAUGUUUAA